AUGGAUUUCGUCUUCGGGUUACCCAAAGACGCACGCGGGAACACGGGUAUUCUCGUAUUUGUUGACAGAUUCAGCAAAAUGGUACACCUUGUGGCUGUACCAGAGACAAUCACGGCAAGUGGCUGUGCUUGUGUCUUUAUUGACACCAUCUUCCGACUUCAUGGGUUGCCCCGUGAACUCGUGUCAGACAGAGAUCCACGAUUCACUGCUGAUUUCUGGCGUUCCGUGUUCAAAUCACUCGGAACGCGCUUGAAGAUGUCGACAUCUGAUCAUCCAGAGUCAGAUGGUCAGACGGAACGUGCCAAUCGUGUCCUUGAAGAGAUACUUCGAGGAUACGUACACUCCUUUAAGAGUUGGAGUGAGUUUUUGCCUAUGGUAGAGUUUGCCAUCAACAACUCGGUGCAUGCGUCCACGACACAUACACCGUUUUACGUGAAUGGCUUGCGCCAUCCGCGUGUACCCACCUUACUAGAGUGUAACUCUGGUUUAAGGGGGGGAGGGACUCGCGCGAGCAAAAACCGAUUUGGUUCACGCUCAUCACGCUCUGACGAAGAAGUCAUUGCGUUUGAUGCCGAUAUCGAUAACAUCGAUAUCGAAGAAGAUGAUGCCAGUGAGAGUGCGGGCCCUCACUGA